CUCUUUCUCUCUCUCUCUCUCUCUCUCUCUCUUUCUGUUUUGAGUCUGUGGAAGGAGUAGGUGCUUUGGCAACUUCAUGACUGAACAUUCUAACAACAGCUUAAUUUUUUUUUGUUUCUGUACCAUACCAUCCUGAUUAGUUCCUGUACAUGCAAAUUAUUUGGGCAGGAGAAUAGGUUUCUUCUUCUCUCUCAAGCUAGCCACUGUGGUCUUUUGCAGCAUGGACAACUAUAAAUGGAGAGCUGCAGCAUAUGAGGUGGGAGAACCUUCUUCUUACACCAUAUCAUAUCAUGAAGCCUUAUUCUCCAGAGCUUCAGAAUGGGAGCAGCAGAACAAGCCUGCAGAACACCCCCAGGAUAGUCCUCCUCCUCACUGCCACCUUGUUCCUCCUCACCAUCAUUCCUCUCUAUCUCUUCCCUUUGCUAGCCACAUCGUUCGCAUGGAGAAACUUAUCCUCUCCACCUUCCUCCCCUUCUCCUUCUCUUUCUUCUUCCUCUUCCUUUUCAUCUUCUUCUUCUCGUGACAUGAGCCGUGACGCCAUGGCUGGUGUGACGAUGGCCAAGAGCUCAUGUGAUAUCUUUAGGGGGGAGUGGGUGCCCAACCCUAACGCGCCUUACUACACCAACGAGACGUGCUGGGCCAUCCAUGAGCACCAGAACUGCAUGAAGUUUGGGAGGCCGGACACGGAGUUCCUGAAGUGGAGGUGGAAGCCGAACGACUGCGAUCUGCCCAUCUUUAACCCGGCGCAGUUCUUGGAGCUCGUCAGAGGGAAGUCACUGGCCUUCGUUGGAGACUCGGUGGGGAGGAACCAAAUGCAAUCCCUCAUCUGCCUCCUGCUCAGAGUCACAUAUGCGGUGGAUGCGUCGGUCACUGAAGAUGAGAAGUUCCGGCGGUAUCACUUCCCGACCCACAACUUCACGGUGGCCAGCUUCUGGUCUCCGUUCCUGGUGAGGGCACACGAAGCCGACCCCAAUGGCCCAACCCUCACCGGCCUCUUCAACCUCCACCUGGACCAAGUGGACACCAACUGGACCACCCAGAUGACGCCGUUCGACUACGUCAUCGUCUCCGCCGGCCACUGGUUCUUCCGCCCCACCAUGUUCUUCGAGGCCGACCAGCUCGUCGGCUGCCACUACUGCCUCCACCCCAACGUCACCGACCUGACCAUGUACUACAGCUACCGGAGGGCCUUCAGGGCCGCGCUCCGGGCCUUCAACGACCUCCCGGGCUUCAGGGGCACGGUGUUCCUCCGGACCUUCGCGCCGUCGCACUUCGAGAACGGCGAGUGGAACAAGGGGGGCAACUGCGUGCGGCAGCGGCCGUUCCGGGGCAACGAGACAAGGAUGGACGGCUACAACCUGGAGAUGUACAUGGCGCAGCUGGAGGAGUACCGGGCGGCGGAGGGCGAGGGGAAGGAGAAGGGCGUCAGGUUCCGGUUGCUGGACACCACGGAGGCGAUGCUACUAAGGCCGGACGGUCACCCGGGCCGGUUCGGCCACCGCCCCGACGAGAACGUGACUCUCUACAAUGACUGCGUCCACUGGUGCUUGCCGGGGCCGAUCGACAACUGGAACGAUUUCCUGCUCCAUAUGCUGAAGAACGAGGGUGGCAGAUCAGCCGCCGGCCGACGAUCCAGGAACGACAGGAAGUCCACGAUCAAAUAGGUGAUCAACAUUGCUUCUCUUUUUGUUCUUAGAGCACGUAAUUUGUAUUUUAAUUAGUAUACCAUACUGUGGUCUACAUGAAUUUUGGUUUGUUCUUUCUCCAUGCAUCAAAAGGUUGUAGAAAGCUGUGUGAUAAGGCAUUACCGUGAGACCAAUGUCAAUAAUUGUUGUGCUGAA